AUGCACAAACUGGACAAAGAGCUACGUGAGCGAAAACGCGCAGUAAUGGACUGCGACCAGCUGCGCUACAAGCUGUUCGACAUGCAGCGCCGUCUUGACGAGCAAGUCUACUUGCUCGAAAAUGCUCGUCUCUUGAACUCUGGUGAGGCGGGCGCCGUCUGUGGACCAGGGCUUCCUGGAAUGAAUUCCACCUCUGAUGAUGUCCAUCGUAUGAUGGACGAAAGCUCAGCCCAUUUUCACCCGAAGCGAUGGAGAAUGUAUCAUGGACUGCGUCUGCCUGAACGUUUUAGUAAAGACAAGCGACUGCAGUAUAACGGGACUCAGCUGUCGUCUUCUAUUGAGAUCAACCUACCAAUCUUUUCUUGA